AUGCACGUCCUCCUAACAGGCGCAACCGGCCGCUGCGGCACCCACACCCUCUCGCAACUCAUCGAGGCAGGCCACACGGUCCUAGCGACAGACCGUACCCCGCCAUCAACCCUCCCUCCGGGGGCGGAGUUCAUGUCUGCCGACCUCACCUCCCUAAACGACGUUGACGCGCUCUUCACCCAAACCUUUGACGGGGUCAUCCACCUCGGCGCAAUACCUGAGCCCCGACCGGGCCUAGACGACCGCGCAUUACACGCCAACAACGUCGUCAGCAGCUACAACGUCAUGCGCACGGCGGUUGAUCAUGGAGUCGACCGAAUCGUGCAGGCAAGCAGCGUUAAUGCGCAUGGACUUAGUUUUGCUCCGCUAGGCCAUACAAAGUUUGAGACGUUUCCUAUUACCGAGGAGGUUGAGCGGCGGCCUGAAGACGCCUACGCCCUCUCGAAACACGAGUGCGAGAUCCAAGCCGACGCGCUUGUCCGCUGGUCUCCGGGAACCCGCAUCGCAUCCCUCCGUCCCCACAUGGUCCGCGACAACUACGCCACAUCGUACCCCGACACGCAGGCGUGUGACAUCUUCUCGUGGGUAUCUUAUACGGCUGUUGCGCGUGCGUGUGUGUUGGGUCUCACGAGUGAGGGAUGGACUGGACACGAGGUAUUCAAUAUCGUGGCACCGGAGAUAUGCUGGGAGGGCGGGGUCGAUGACCAGUUUACAAAAGCUGGAGAACUGCCCAAGGACAAGGUCGGGACGUUGGAGCUUACGCGCGGUGUGGGACUCUUCGAAGGCUGA